AUGGCCAUCAACUGGAAGGUCUGCUUCUUCAGCCUCGUAUUGCUUCCUGUGGUUGCAGCAACCCAUUCCAACUGCAUCAUUAAAAAGGAGCAAGAGACUUGUCUGGAGAAGAUCCGGAGGGCCACGGCCCUGAACCCUCUCAAUGACUCUUCUCCGGGGUGCCCAGGAAUGUGGGACAAUAUCACAUGCUGGAAACCUGCAAGUGUGGGAGAAAUUGUCUUUGUCAAAUGUCCUGCACUCUUCAGAUUUAUCAUCUCUGAAGAUGGUUGGGAAGUGGAUAAUUUGGGGCAAACCCAUGCAGGUGAUUAUGACCUGCUGGAAAGCACAGCCCAGUCUCUCCUAGGGGACAUCAGCAGGAAUUGCACUGAAGAUGGCUGGUCUGAACCUUUCCCUCAUUAUUACGAUGCCUGCGGCUUCGAUGAGAACGAAACAGAGUCUGAUAACCAGGAUUACUACUAUCUCUCAGUGAAGGCUCUGUACACGGUGGGAUACAGCACUUCCCUGGUUUCCCUCACCACUGCCAUGGUCAUCCUGUGUCGCUUCAGGAAGCUUCACUGCACUCGGAAUUUCAUCCACAUGAACCUUUUUGUUUCAUUCAUCCUCCGUGCCAUAUCUGUGUUCAUCAAGGAUGGGGUUCUUUAUGCUGAGCAGGAUGGAAACCACUGCUUUAUCUCCACGGUGGAAUGCAAAGCAGUGAUGGUGUUUUUUCACUACUGCGUCAUGUCCAACUACUUCUGGCUGUUCAUCGAGGGGUUGUACCUCUUCACUUUGUUGGUGGAGACCUUCUUCCCAGAGAGGAGAUAUUUCUACUGGUACACAAUCAUUGGCUGGGGUACCCCAACAAUUUGUGUCACUGUCUGGGCAGUGCUGAGGCUCCACUUCGAUGACACUGGCUGCUGGGACAUGAAUGACAACACUGCCUUGUGGUGGGUGAUCAAGGGUCCCGUGGUUGGGUCAAUCAUGAUAAACUUUGUGCUUUUUAUUGGCAUAAUUGUGAUACUUGUGCAGAAACUCCAGUCACCUGACAUCGGGGGCAAUGAAUCCAGCAUUUACUUGAGACUGGCUCGCUCCACCCUGCUGCUGAUCCCUUUGUUUGGAAUUCACUACACGGUGUUUGCCUUUUCUCCUGAGAAUGUCAGUAAGAGGGAGAGGCUGGUGUUUGAAUUGGGACUGGGAUCCUUCCAGGGUUUUGUUGUUGCUGUUCUCUACUGCUUCUUGAAUGGGGAGGUGCAAUCAGAAAUAAAGAGAAAAUGGAGGAGCUGGAAAGUCAACCGGUAUUUUGCUGUGGAUUUCAAACAUCGCCAUCCUUCUCUAGCGAGCAGCGGAGUGAACGGGGGGACACAACUCUCCAUUCUGAGCAAGAGCAGCUCUCAGAUUCGGAUGUCCAGCAUAAAUGCAGAGAACCUGGCGACAUGA